AUGGAACAGUUCUGGGCAAUAGCAAAAAGCAACCGACGCCCUUUCACAAUUGGCAAACAAGUUGCUGCGUGGGAUCCUUUUACAUAUCAUUGUUAUGUUGACACCCCUCCCACUUCUCCUCGUAUUGCAAAUACGGUGAUUAGUAAUGAUGAAGCAAUAAACUUAAAGCCAACAAAACACUGUGUACUUGAUUUCUUCAAUUGCAUCGCAUCGAAAGAUGCACCAGUGAACAGAAAAUUAUACACAUUUGUUGACAUUUACUCUGCCACACAAGUGACUGAUUGGUUGUCAAAGGAUGGUCGAUUUGGCUACUCCAAAAGAGAAAAGCAACGAACUUUGUGGAUUGUUAAGCAAGAGCAUUGGGUAAAUUUAUGCUCUUAUGCACGAAAAUCACGCACAAACGAACCUAUGGAAAAUAAGAUCAAGUCAAUACAAAAGAUGACAGAUUGCCUCCGUAUCAAAUGUCACUGUGCGAAAGUCUUCUUAUCCCCCAUAUGCUCCUCUGGAUUGAAAUUAUGCCAACGUGAUACAAAGCCGAAUCUCAAUCUCAUGGACAGUGUUCGCCAUAAGCAUGGCGAUAUGGCAAGGUAG